AUGUUACAUAUAUUGCGCUAUACCCCAUUAGGCAUUAGCCUCCUUUCCCCAACUUCAUCACAGAGCUGGGAGACUGCCACUAUACAACCAUACCUCUCUACACGCCACCUAGGCAACAUUCCACCCUCUUGGGGGGUCAUCCUGGUGAAUAACCCCACAGGGCUCGGUCCGAAGCUUUGUACCCCAACAACUGGAAACCAUCAUCUGACAGCUUCAGCACUUAACGCCGAUCGGGUUGGUCGCAUCGGUAGCUUCACGCCAUCUCGUCAUUUUUGCUUGGUUCCCCUCGUCUUCCUACCCUCCUUUAUCGAUAGCGCAGCGCUUCCUUAUCCAAUCAGCAUCCAUCGAACCCCCUAUACCGUGUUCGCUUCCUAUCCCUCCUCGGAUCGUGCCCGCAAGGUUCAACGCUUCCCACCUAUCUUCCGCUUGGUUGGCUUAUCUCGCCGCAUUCUUGCACGGCAUAUUCUCGAUUAA